CACACGAAAGGCGCGUCCACUCCAGCCGCCUGUUUUUCUUCUUGUUCUAUUUCACAAAUAUUACACUUUGGAUUGAGGUUUUUGGUUGAACCUUCUGUACAAUUGUACACACACACACACACACACACACGUUGUACACACACCAGGACGGACAUAACGACACAGAAAGCAGGCACGCGCUCGCCUCGGAAGGAACGAACAGGGCAAUGCUUCCACCUCAUGUUUUCUCUUAUGGAUCACUCAUGAGACAAACUAGUGCCUGGACAAGGACCAUCUCCAGGAUCAACGCUCACUAGGCCAAAAUGGAAACAGACCUCAGAACUACCCCCAGAGCAGAAGAGGAGAAAGAUCCUCCUGCUCAGAGGAAGUUAUCAACAGCAAGUGUUGGUGGCGACCUAGGGUCUGAUUGCUACAAAUGCAACGGUCUGAUCAACACCCGAAGUGUUAUGGUAGAAACCAAGGAAGGAAGGGUGUCAGUGUACUUGGCCCCACAGUAUCAGGGCCACAUGGUGGUCAAUUAUUCCCCUGAGCAUGCAGGUCAGGACAGAAACGGGACACGAAUAAGUGGGCACCAUCCGCAACUGCUCAACCCCAGUGCCUUGCCCCAGGCUCUGGACCCUUUUUAUAAGCCCAACCUCAUCCUCUACCCAGAAGGAGUUCUGAGAGUUUGGGGGGAAGGAAGCGACUGCUGUGAGACCACGUUUAUCGAGGACAUGGCUCCUGCUAACUCCGCUGCUACAGUUACUAAAGAUGGGCUCACUGACAACAAAUUUUUGGAUUUAUCUAUGGAGGAUACCAAGAUUCAUACACUGUCCUACGAUGUGGAUGAUGACGAUGAGUUCCAAGAAUUGGAGAGUGAGUACUCAAGUGACUCAGAGAGUGAGGACAACUUCCUUAUGAUGCCCCCACGAGAUUACCUGGGCCUCAGUGUUUUUUCAAUGUUGUGCUGCUUCUGGCCCCUGGGCAUUGCUGCCUUCUACCUGUCUCAUGAGACCAACAAAGCAGUCAAUAAAGGGGACUUUCACCAUGCCAGCUCAAGCUCCAGACGUGCUCUCUUCCUAGCUGUGCUGUCCAUCACCAUCGGUACCGGCAUCUACGUUGGAGUAGCAGUGGCUCUUAUUGCAUACCUUUCCAAGAACAACCACUUGUAGCCCUGCACUGGCUCCAAUCUUGCUAUUGACUGUCAAUGUGGAUUUACUUUAAUGGGCCACUUAGGGAUAUUACCCUAAGUAAUUAUCUACAUAUUUUACAGCACCAAUCACCUGGAAUUUUGAAUGGAUCCUCAUUUGUAAACAUUGUGACAUUGUAAAUCAUGAUAUUCCUUUUUUCGUAUUCAUUGUCUAUCACAGUGACAACUGUGUUCGAAAUACUGUAGGAAUAGGUUUUAAUACCUGUUUACAAGGCAAAAUCAUUAGUGUGCUUUCAUCAUUUACUAUGCUUAUUGUGCAAAUCUAGUCUUUUGAGCCUUUAGUGUACUCUUAUUUUUUUCGCUGGAUGAUGGUAAAGUAUUAAAAACACAAUCUAUCUGAAGUGCCACAGUGCUUUGAAGCCUUCUUAUAAGGAACUACAGUAUAUAAAAGGACCACAAGAAGGGGAGAAGGGGCUUAUUUAACACUCAAGGGUAAGAUGGACGCAAAGCCAUAUAGAUGGGCUGCAGGACUCUAACCUUCCUUGUCUAGCAGUAAUAUUUUGAUCUGAGAGGGCUGUAAAUAUUUAUAAACCUUUUUUUUAAAUAACACUUGGUGUCUCAAAACCAGGCUUUCAGUUUCUACAUGCCAAAUGAUUAUGGUGUACAUGCUUACACUGUGUUAUGGAUUUUCACCAUGUGGGAGAUUUUAACCACUGUUGAACUGCAACCUCUUGCUAAUUAAAUGUAGUCUUUUCAUUCAAAUCUGGUAUUUAUAUAUAGAUAACCUUUGUGAUUAUGCUUGAUCAUGCCUUGCACCACAUGAUCAAGCAAACAAAUGUAUUUCCUUGUCUAUUUCGUACCCAGGGCUUAUGUCAUUAAAGACUGACCACAUUGUGCUUUCUCCCAAAUCUAUGAAUGUUGAACCAAAUUAUAGAUCAACCGUAAAUUUCUAUUCAUUUAAUCAAGAAAUUAGUAGAAAGACCAAAAUCUCCUCAGUGAGUGAAUGAAAGUACAGUGGAACCUCGGAUUACGAGUAACGUGGUUUACGAGUGUUUUGCAAGACGAGCAACAAUUUUUAAUAAUUUUUGACGAGCAUUGU